UCGGUGAGCCUGUCCAGACUGAAGCUGGGGAAGCUAAAGGUGGUGCGGCGGCAGCUGCUGCAGCGCUAUGAGCACCAGCCAUUUGUCUCCUGUCUGGCCGGUCUGUACGGCUGCCAGUGGAGAAGAUACCAGCGCGCCAAAGCCCAGCCGGGAGAGUGCUGCUGCAGCCGGUUGGAGUGCAGUAGUUUCGCUCUCCUCAUCGUAACGUUUUUCCUGACGCUGAUAUUCCUGUAUUUCUGGAGUGAAGCGCAAAAUGAUUACAACGACUUCGACUGGUUUAACUUCGGGAACCUGGGCUUCUGGUUUCCGUGGUCAGUGGUGUUGCUGGUGGUCUCAGCGGGUCUCUUCACAUACAUCGCCCUCCUCCUGGUCCUCGCCGUGUGCCUUCUCUCUGAAGGACAGAGGCUUUACCUUCACUGGAGCCACAAGAUUGGUAUCCUGGUGACCCUCACCUUCUCCAUCAGUGCCACCGCUGUGCUCUCUGACUUAUGGAGUAAAGAAUGGACGACGCUGCUCCUUUCUUUUCAGGUCACGGCGCCCUUCCUGCACUUGGGCGGAGUUUGUAUAAUGACGCUGCUGUCCUGGCCAAUCGCCUUACACUUUUUCCGCAUGAAUAAGAGAGUGAGGCAGGUGCUGAUCCUGAGCCUGUAUUUGGCGGUUCUCUUCGCUCUCUAUCUGGUGCCGCUGGGCAUGUAUUCGCCUUGUAUCAAAGAGGAGGGCACGCUGGGGCCGGCGCCAACCCUUAUCGGGCACAGAGGAGCGCCCAUGCUUGCACCAGAAAACACUCAGAUGUCCUUUGAGAAAGCAGUUGAAGCUGGAGGAGAAGGACUGGAGACGGACGUGGCCAUCAGUUAUGAUGGCGUCCCGUUCCUGAUGCACGACAGCACUUUGAGGAGGACGACCAACGUGCAUGAAGUCUUUCCCAACCGGACGGACUCUCCGGCGGCCAUGUUCACAUGGGCAGAGCUGGAGAUGCUCAGCGCUGGAUCCUGGUUUCUGCGGAGGGAUCCUUUCAGAACGGCCUCGUCUCUGAAUGUAAAUGAGAAGAUCGAGGUCCAGAAUCAAACAGUGCCGACCCUAAAGGAGUUCCUCAAUCUGGCUGCUCAGCACCAGAGUCUGGUGAUCUUUGACCUCAGACGUCCGCCUCGAGGUCACCCGUACCGGGACACGUGGAUCACUCGCACCCUGGAGGUCAUACACAACGAAUCCUUCAUCAACUCCAGCCAGGUGUUGUGGCUGCCGGAUGAUCAGAGGAGUGUGGUGCAGGAGCUGGACCCGGAGCUGCAGCAGACGUCUGGAGAUCACGCCUCAAUAGAGGAGCUGCAGGAGGAGCACAUCGUCAGACUUAACCUGCAUUACAGCUACAUGUCCCAGGAGCAGAUACGAAAGUACGCGUCAGUGAACAUCAGCACUAACCUGUAUGUGAUCAGUCAGCCGUGGUUAUAUUCAUUAGCGUGGUGUGCUGGCGUUCAUUCGGUCACCACAAACGCCCUGCACGUCCUGAAGAAACUGCAGCGGCCCGUGUUUCUCAUGACUCCAGAUCAGUACAAUCUGAUGUGGAUCCUCACCAUUAUCGUCUCUGCUUUCUUCAUCACCGCUGUUUUCAUUUUCCACUGGUGGCGAGAGCGAGGUCUGCCGUUCUGGUCCGGCAGUCGACAGGUGAAUGAAAACGGGCCCUACAGCAAGUUCAGGACAGAGCUGAGCGACGUCUGGUCCGUCUCCAGCAUCAGCGUCAGAGGAGAAACACACAACUCACCUGCCACGACAAACCUGCCCACCAUCUGUGAAGAGCCACCCGUCUGAGCACACAACAAUCUUACACAUACUCAUACACACUCUCUCACAGACACACACAUAGAUGCAUACACUCAUACACACACACAUAUUCAUACAAAGACAA